UGAAAACAGAUCAAUGAUUGGACCUCAGGUGACAUGUGACCCGUAGCCGUUGACUUAUUACCUGGAAGAGUCCACUUCUCCAUACCUGGGACUUCAUCGUCAAGGUUAGGCGGGCUCCUGCUCUUGGACCGAGAGCAUCAAUUUCCUACUUUUUAGUGUCUGGAUGCUUUCAACCUCUUUCAGAAAUGACAACAGAAGGACAACUCGCAUGGCGAAAGCUGUUUCUGAUACUAACAGUGCUCUCCUGCUGCAGGAGUCUGGAGGUUUCUAUCCCAGACAGUAAUUAUGAGGUUGCCAGAGGAGGAGACGUUACCCUGACCUGUUCAUUUGUCCCGGCUCACAACGACCUGAGCACAAUGCUGCUCACAUGGGAAGCUUAUCCAGACGCUCCUGGUGAACCAAUGAAAGCCGUGGCUUCUUACUUCUACAACCGUCCGGUUAACAUUGCUCCUGCUUACGAAGGCCGAGCUUUCCUCGAGGUUGACCUGGACACACGAACGAGUACGCUCCGCUUAACCAAAGUGACGGUAGAGGACAGUCGCAGCUACCAAUGCAGCGUCAACAUCUACAACGAUGACGAGGGAACGCUAGCUGCCACCACCUCCCUCCUGGUUCUGGUUGCUCCCUCUACACCGAUCUGUGGCAUUCAGGGAACAGCAGAGUAUUUUCAAGACAUCAAACUCACCUGUAAAUCAAACGAGGGAUCUCCAGCACCGACCUACAGCUGGAAGACCUACAGCACCCAAAACAUGGCCAGGCCGUUUCCUCCUAAAACAACUGAAAAGGAUGGAGUUUUAUCUCUCUUUAACGUAACAAGAGAGACAUCUGGGUUCUUCGUUUGCACAUCAGAGAAUCGAAUUGGUUCUGCCAGCUGCAACCUUACCUUGGUUGUGGAGCCUCCCAGCAUGGGCACUGCGUCCACUGUAAUAAUUGUUGUAGCCGUCCUCGCAGCUGUUGUGGUUGUUGGAAUUAUCAUCUUCUGUUGUUGCUGCCGAAAAAAAGGCAAACAGGAAGAAUAUGCUGAAGGUUCCCCUGAAGAAAUGGAGUUUCAUGACAAAGAGGAGCCUGAAGCUGGGACAUUGCAGUACAGGGAUGACAAGGCAAACAGCGAGAAAAAGCAGGCUGAUCGAUACGAAGACAAAGACGUCGUUCCUGAGAUCAGUCACAAUGUCGCAGCAGCUGUACGGAAGUUGGACGAUGAUCAGAACAGUUACAUUAGCAGCAAAGAAAAGUACGAUGGAAGGGGCAGUGAUAUCGAAUCUCAGCGUUACCAGGACGACCAGCGCGAUCGAUAUCGUGGAAGUCGCGAUCGCCUUGAUGAUCAGCGUGACCGAUACGGUGGGAGUCGUGAUCGUCUUGACGAUCGGUAUGACAACUACAGGGGCAGUCGCGAUCGCCUCGACGAUCAGCGUGAUCGAUACGGCGGUAGUCGCGAUCGCCUCGACGAUCAGCGUGAUCGAAAUGGCGGUAGUCGCGAUCGCCUCGACGAUCAGCGUGAUCGAUACAGCGGUAGUCGCGAUCGCCUUGACGAUCAGCGUGAUCGAUACGGCGGUAGUCGCGAUCGCCUUGACGAUCACAGUGACCGCUAUCGUAGCAGUCGAGACAAUCUUAACGACCACAACAAUCACUACGGUGGCAGCCGAGAUCGACUUGAUUACGACAGGCGAUAUGAUUAACCUCGUGUUGCUGAAUUCUCUUUGAAAGCCCUAAAAUAUCUUAUUUUGGCACGUUGGCAGGCCCUUAAAAAUCUUUUACUGGGUUAAUUGUUUGGCUUCAGGAUUUAUCAAACCAGAAAGUGGAGCAGAAAAUUAUUUCAAAUGGCCGUAAAAACAUAGAUGGAGCUGAAAGCUUGGUGACAUUUAAUUCCUGCAGGCUCAGGUUCUGUAGCAGAGAUAUUGUGACUGAUUUCCCCCACACAGUUCAUCUUCAUACAUGUUGGUGUAAUCAGACUCUUAGACCAAGCUGUGAAACACCAAAAAUGCUCCGUUCAAACACAAAUCAACUUCUAACCCUGCCUCAGCAUUUACGUAAUUCAAUCAUAUUUUGCCUUACUGCCUGUUGAUGUCAUGAUUUGGUGUCCAGCUCUAUAAUAACAAUAAUAAUAAUAAUAAUAAUAACAAUAAUAAUAAUAAUCAAAAUAAUAAUUGUAUUCAUACAGCAAUUUUAAAACAAGAGUAUACAAAGAACUUUGAUUACAGACAAUGCAAAAGAGCCCCCACAAGUCAACACAAAAACAAUUAGGGUAAAAUUUAAAUUUAAAAAAUCUUAGAGAUGCAAAAAUACUAAAUGCAGUAUGUCAUUAUUAAUAAAUAAAAGUAAACUAACUGAAGUAAAAAAAUUAGUAGCCAGGUCAUUUGCUCAGCUGAUGUUGCUUCCAACAGAGACAUACAAAGUUAAGGUUAUUAUUGUCAUUAUUUAUGAUGUAAAUUUAUCCAAGCAAUUUAAAUAUUAUGAUUAAAACUCUAAAAUGUUAUAAAAAUGUUAAAUUACCUGACAAAUCAAAAGGUAAAGAUCAAUACUACAUAAAAACUACAUAGGAGCAGAUCGGCAGCAGAACCAGGUUCAUGCAGGACGGCUGUCUGCCUCCACCAGCUGGGGCGAGGCUAAACAGGAGAGUUUUAAUAAAUGUGAGUUAACAGAGGAGUCUGUAAUCAUUAAUAUAUAAAAAACUCACACAUUCAGGCCACCUGCUGCAGCAGUCUGAGCACUGCUGUCAGCAAAUACACUGUGUCCUUUAUCUGUGAUUCUAAACCGCUUUUAAAAUGUAGUUCAUGAUUUAAGUGUAUUUACAAUUAUUUUCAAGCAAAAAAAUCUACAAAUUUGAGCUCUUUAUUGUGCUAAUUUCCUGCUUGUCCUUGUAUUCUGUAACUUUAGACUAAAUAUGUUUGAUGUCAUUUUGUUGAGAAAAUUGUGUUAGAGAUAAUGACUAACAACUUAAUCCAUGAUAAAUGAUUCACAGCUCUGACAUUAUUUUGCAUUUUGUAAUGAAGUGAAUUUUACUUUUUAAAUUUGCCAAAGAAUAAACCAUUUUGUCUUAAACCAGAUCAUGCAAAAAAAACUAAAAUUUUGUGCUUUUUGCUGCAACCAAGAAGCUACGAGUGACUCAGUUAGAGACCAACAGUGAUGUGACAGAAAUUCAGGGAUUAUUCAUUUAAACCUGUGGCUGCAUUCACACAGAGAGACAUGCACAGAAAUAAAGAAAACAGGAAUUUGUGGGGAAAAUGGCUUAAUUUGUAUCCAGAACUGCAGAGUCUGAAUAUAAAAAUACAAAUAAAUAUAAAAAUACAAAAUUACAAGGAAAAAACACCUACAGCAUGGGCAUAAACCUGUAGAAAAAGAUACAUAUUUAAUUCAAGAAAAUACUGUCUUUACAUAAAUUUGUACGUAAUUUAAGAGAGCAGAAAAAUACUGCAUAAACAGUACAGUAUUUUUGUUCAAAAAAUAGAAAUGCAUGUAACUUGACAUUUAAAAUACUUAAAAUAAAAAAUGUCUGCAAUUUGACACUUUUCUACACAAUCUGUAGAAAAGGAACACAUUCGGGUCAUGUUCCAUAAAAUUUACAUUUUUUUUCAUUUUUACCAGCAUUGCGGAUACUUAAAAAAUGUUUUUUCUGCUGAUUCCAGUCUUUUAUUUUUAUAAAACAAAUAAUCAAAGAUAUCCAAUUUUUGUUUGAUUAACGAUUCGUGGCAUUAUAGUUGUGAUUUAGUUUUCUGUACUUCUUGCCAGAGUUGUGCUGUUUCCAGGAGCAGAAAGCAAAAUGAGACUAAUACAGCGUAAAAAUUUAAAAAAGCCCAGCUUAGGUAAUCAUCUGUAACAUAUUUUGUGCUUUUUGUUCCUGUUUUGUGUGUAAAAUGUCCUACAAUGAAUGUAAAAUGUGCAUUUUUAUAUGAAGCUUAAUAAAAAUCAAGUUUUAUGAAGAAACUGGGUGAAAAAUGAUCAUUUGAGUGAAAUUCCUCCAAACUGGCAGCAGCAGUUUCCUCCUCCCUCUUCCACCUGGACAUACCUUGGUCCUCUGAUAGAGAAGGAUCAAUAUUUAAUAGCAGGACUUUUUGUAUCAUAGUCCACAUUUUAGCUGUUUUCAGGUCUAAAACCAACAUGGCCGCCUAUAACCAAACACCACAUGGUAUUUUAGAGAAAGAUUCUUCUAAAUAUUAUUUAUACAACUGCUUUCUACAGACAUUGUAGUAAACCUGAUGACUGCUUUCUAU